GCGCAGCCCCUGAGCGCAGGCAGCGGCUCCCGCAGAGCCCCGAACUGCUGACAAACCCCUCUCGGAGACGCACGUCAGAGCAGCUAACAGGGGCAUCCUUCCAACUGAACCACAAAUGCACGAGGGAAAACAGUAAACCUGUCUUUUAUUUCAGGGACCGUCACGAUCAAAACAGCUGCUUUCGACAUCCGGCCAAGAUUUCUGCCUGCUAAUUUCUGUUUAAACGAGUUGAUGUGAGAAAUUAAGCGAGUUUGAACAGGCUAUUAUUUCUGACAGGCUUCGGAGGACUUCACGCUGUGCAAGUCUUACGUGCUGAAAGCUAACAGCUUGCUGGAGAGAUGAGUUCUCAAUCCAAACCUGGCGGGGGCUUUGCAGCAACUUCUUGGGUGGAGAGAGAACUUCCAACUGAACUCAACCAUCUGCAUGUUGUGCACAGGAUCCAAUCAUAACCUGCUAUGGAGAAUUAUUUUUAAGAUGAGUACCUACCUUGCUGAGAAAUCCAAUUCAUCAAUACUUGGAUAUUUGAAAGUGUCUGCAUUAAAUAGCAGCAAUGUUUCUGCAAACAGCUCCAAUGAGACAACAAGCAACCUGGAUUUGCCUACCUUGGAUAUCAGUAGGGCGAUAACUGUGGGGCUCAUCCUAGGUGCCUUUAUACUCUUUGCUAUUAUAGGUAAUAUUUUGGUAAUUCUCUCUGUUGCUUGCAAUAGACAUUUAAGAAUCCCUACAAACUAUUUCAUAAUUAACCUUGCAAUAGCAGAUUUGUUGCUGAGUUUUACUGUCCUUCCAUUCUCUGCUACACUGGAAAUCCUUGGCUACUGGGUUUUGGGGAGGAUAUUUUGUGAUAUCUGGGCAGCAGUUGAUGUGCUCUGCUGUACAGCUUCUAUUUUAAGUCUAUGUGCAAUUUCCAUAGAUAGAUAUAUAGGAGUACGUUAUUCUCUCCAGUAUCCAACUUUGGUAACAAGAAGAAGAGCAAUUCUAGCUCUCCUAGGUGUCUGGGUCCUUUCCAUGGUAAUUUCGAUUGGACCUCUUUUGGGCUGGAAAGAACCAGCACCCAAGGAUGAGAAAGUGUGCCGCAUCACUGAAGAACCAUUCUACGCUUUGUUUUCUUCCUUGGGGUCAUUUUACAUUCCUUUAAUCGUCAUCCUCAUCAUGUACUGUCGGGUCUACAUAGUGGCUAAAAGGACUACAAAAAAUCUGGAAGCUGGGGUUAUGAAAGAAAUGUCCAACUCCAAGGAGCUGACGUUACGGAUCCAUUACAGGAACAUUCAUGAGGACACCUUAAGCAGCAACAAAUCCAAGGGUCACAAUUCCAGAAACUCCUUAGCUCUCAAACUUUUAAAAUUCUCUAGAGAAAAGAAGGCAGCCAAGACACUGGGAAUUGUGGUCGGCAUGUUUAUCUUGUGCUGGCUACCUUUCUUCAUUGUUCUGCCUCUAGGAUCCCUGUUUUCAGCUCUGAAGCCCCCUGAAAUAAUCUUCAAGGUGAUUUUUUGGCUUGGCUACUUUAACAGCUGCUUGAAUCCAAUCAUCUACCCUUGCUCAAGCAAAGAGUUCAAGAGAGCUUUCAUACAGAUUCUAAAAUGUCAGUGCCACCGUCGAAAGCAGUUGGGAUGGUGGGCCUACAGCUACAGGAACUGGAAUCGGUGCUCCUUUGAACACCCUCGGAAGGACUCUCUGGAAGACAGUGGGAGUUUCCUAAGUGGCAGUCAGAGGACAUUAUCUUCAGCAUCUCCCAGUCCUGGCUACCUGAGCAAAAUCACUCACCCGCAUAUGGAAAUGUGUACAUUCCAGGAAUGGAAAAACCCCAGCUCUUUCCUGAGCCCCUUACAAGAAGGCAGCAGUCAAAAGGACCCAUGCCAAUUCUUUACCUUCAAUCUCUUAACAGAGCGAAAUGGACACAUUGCUGCUAGCAGCCAAGCCUCCAGCAACGGGGACCAUGAGGACAUCUGUGACACAAUGAAUGGUAAAACUGACUGUAGUGCAAACAUCAUGCUGGAAUGAAUGGAUUCUAAUUAGUCCACACAGAUUCUGCUCUCUUCAUACACCAACCUCUGAUAUUUAUCCCAGGCGAAGAAAUGGACCAUUGCACAGUUCUCAGUAUGGCAUUAGAAGGAAGCCAGUGAGGAACAGGCAGAUUACUGUCACAAGAAUGGCAAAAUCUAGAGGCUAGCCAUAUUUCUAAUGAAUUGUUAAAGAUGCUACUGAAACAAAUAUGGAAUGCAGAGAAGUGGCUGGAUAAACCCAGGGCAGUACACAGCUAACUAUUCAGCUACUGUUGUAGUGCUAUAGAACAGCCAAGCACACAUGUAUAUAGAAAGAAUGUAUAAAUACAGGGGAGGGAGGGCAAGGGAAACGCGUAUGAAAGUUCGUGUGUACACGUGUGCUAGCUGCAUGUUUGGAUACUUGAGAGUGGAAGUGAGCAAUGCAGUUGUACAGUGUUGUUUGUACCUCUCCAGAGCACUAGCUGCUGCUGAUUUUGCCUGCAAAAUUCUGAUUGUUGCUGUACUUCAUGUACAUGAGCACUUUAGAAAUGGAAAACAACGUCAAAGAUUAAAGUAAUUUCGCAACAAUUUAAGCACUUGCACCUAUUACUAUGGAGCUGGAAUCCAAUCAAGUUCCCUCCUCAUAAUGUCAAUUUUAAAAUAAAACACAGCAGUUAAGUUUAAAGUUGUAACUCCUAGGAUGUUCUUGACACUAUGCAGUUGCUUAUUUGCCAUGAUUUCCUUAUUAUCAACAGUUGUGAAUUCCUCUAUACUUCACCAUGUUCUAUUUCAAAAGUUUGAAAAUACCAGCAAUGAUGAGAGCUCACACUCUACAUUUCAGCAUGUCCUGAAAAAUACACAGGCUAUGGAAGAUCUGAUUUAUAAAAGCAACACUCAAAUUCCUCCAAAUCCCUCAUAAACAGUGCUGUGAACAGAGCAGAAAAGAGCACUGACCUCUGGAGGACCAAAACCGAGCUUAAAGACAAAAAUGCUGAGCCGUUGGUCGUUUCAGCGCACUUUGAAAAUAGUACUGCUCUUAUAGAGUUGUUUUUUACUUUGCCAGUUAGAUAAAAAGAGAAAGUAUUAAAACAGUGCAGUAGUGAUAGAAUUUCACUGUCAUCGAUAGUUUUAAGCUCAGUAACACAGUACGUAACAUAGUUCUGGAGAAUAUCUUCAAGCUCGUUUUAGCUCAUGUUUGGAUUUCUCGUCUCUUGCAACCAAGGGUGAAUCACGAAACUAAUGACUGAUUUUUCUUUUAUUUGAAGUGGUAUGAAGUGUGAAAACAGGUAUUUACUCCUUCCUUCAGCUUUUCUUCUUAAGAAUUUUAGUGAUGCUUUCGUAUAGCUUGAAACAGAGAACAAACCAUGAAGAAAUGUACUAAAAACACUUUGGGACAAUUUAACAAUGUUAGGUCCCAAUGGAGAGCCAUUUCCUUUUGUUUCCUUAAAUGUGUAUUCACAAAUUAAGACAAUAGCGAUGGAUGCAGCUUGUGGUUAGAUGAAAUAUCUCCCAGUUCAGUCAGCAAAGAUAGGAAAGUCACAUUCCAAGAUCGUCUCGUGGUCAGAUGGGAUAGCGAGAACUACGUAAGUGCAUUCCGAGUCUACUCUGGUCCCAUUGCAGUUAAGGCAAAUCUCCUAUUUGAAUAGUUCCAUUUUGUUGUGAGGAGGGCUGUAAU